AUGCGCUGCACAAUCGUGCUUGCGCUAGUUGUAUCAUCGCAAAUCGCAAUUGCCGCCCCGGGCAAUAAAAAACAGCAGCAGGAUGACAUCACCGUCACUGGGCUGGUGGUCAUCAAGGACCGGACGUACCGAGCGACGUGCAACUGUCCAGCCCACGUAAAGUCACUGGAGAACAUGAUCUACAUCAGCAGGGGUCUCUGCUAUCCUUCCAAGGUAAAGGUUAGAACACAUGGGGUUCACGACCCGGACGAAUACAAGUUGUUGGUCGACGGUAUGCACCUGAUACCGCAUGAGGACUUCACAAGCGUUCACCAACACCCUCUGUCGGCAAUGGACGGUAGAGUCAAAGGGAAGGCCUUCUAUGCCCCAGGUGGCGAUCUCGGCAUUUUCAUUUUGGCGAUGCUGAACAUGUAUGAAAACGAUGGAAUUCCAACCCAGCAAACGGUCACCAACAUGUUGCGGGAGUACGUCCGCCAAAUACCAAAAGGCCGCGACUUCAGGCAUGCUGUCGACGAAAAGUCAGUUGAAGCGAUUCGAAACGCUCUGAAAUGGGAACUUAUCGAGCUGACCAACAUCGACCCGCCACAUCAAAAGGCCGUAAAAGACACAAUCGCAGCGGGAGCAUACGGCAACCCGUUUUUGAAUUAUUUGGUUCGCAAGUUCCGCAACAAUCCGAGCAAAAAAACCAUUGUAACGGAAUGCAUUAACGCCUUUUUCGAAAUCGUGUGGGACAAGAGUGACAGCAUGUGGGAGCGAAUGGUUAUACAACUCCUCGAGGGGGAACACAAGCCACGAGCGCUUAUGGAAUUGUCCGUCUCCAAGGGCUGCGAACUCGCCCGCAUGGCGCCUCUAGUUACGGCUAAGGUUGAAGACAUGCAGCUGCUGAUAUACACGGAAUUCGCCGCCAAUUAUCGCAAACGGGAAGUGGCAACGUUCAUCUACAACCAGCAGGACUCGCGCAAACGAACAUUGCCGCUGGACGAGGUUCUGCAGCAUCUGGACAAGCUCACCCACACCGUGACGGAAGAGUACGGUAGGUACUAA